UCACCACCAAAGGGUGCAAUCAUUCAGAAGAAGCAGAAAGAGAAGCUAGCUUGUUAGCAGUAAAACAAUUAGAAAUGGCGUUCAUGAUGUCUGACGAGUUACUAGGGACCUUUGUGCCCAUUGUAGUAUACUGGCUUUACUCAGGCCUCUACAUUGUUUUGGAUGGUAAAGCCAUGGACAACUACCGUCUCCACACCAGAGCCGAAGAGGAUGUUAAGAACAUAGUCUCAAAGAUUACUGUCGUCAAAGGUGUGCUCAUCCAACAAGCAUUCCAGAUCGCCGUCUCCCUUUCCUUGUUCACGAUCAUUAGCGAUGACAGUGGAACAGUGAAGGCACAGCCUAGUUUAUUAGUGAUGGUGUUGCAGUUCUUGGUGGCAAUGGUUGUGAUGGAUACAUGGCAAUAUUUCAUACAUAGAUACAUGCAUCUCAAUAAGUUCUUGUACAAACAUGUACACUCCAAGCACCACACUCUUGUAGUUCCUUAUGCCUUUGGAGCUUUGUACAACCAUCCAUUGGAAGGCCUUCUCCUUGAUACAGUUGGUGGUGCGCUCUCUUUCCUUGUCUCCGGCAUGACUCCCCGGACUGGAAUCUUCUUUUUCUCUUUUGCUACCAUUAAGACCGUAGAUGACCAUUGUGGACUGUGGCUCCCUGGGAAUAUCCUACAUGUGUUCUUUAGUAAUAACAGUGCUUACCAUGAUGUUCAUCACCAGCUUUAUGGCAGCAAGUAUAACUUCUCUCAGCCUUUCUUUGUUAUGUGGGAUAAGAUUCUUGGAACAUACAUGCCUUAUUCAUUGGAGACAAGAAAGGAAGGUGGAUUUGAGGCAAGACCCAUAAAGAAGAAUUAGAGAAAGAACAAUUGAUUAUUCUUUCUUGUGUUUAUUGUAUGAUUUUUUUUUUUAAUUUCCAUACAAUAUUUAAUUUACUUCAGCCAAGCUGAAAAGUGUAUAAUUAAAUUUUUUUAAUCAUUAAUAUUUGCUUACAUAUGUAAAAUCUUUCAUUGCUUUAAUCUCUUGAAAUGGUUUUCUUGCUUC